CCGUUUCUCCCCUCACACCCACCAUUCGGGCCUCUGCUCGCCUCCUCCCUCCCUCCCUACCGGCCAUUGACCCAGCGCCGGAGGCUCGGUGAGGAUCCUUGGAUCGACGAAGCGAGUGAGUGCAUACAGUGAUAAGUGAUUCAGGAUGCGGAUGAGUUGCAACGGGUGCCGCGUGCUGCGAAAGGGGUGCAGCGACAACUGUGCCAUCCGGCCGUGCCUGCAGUGGAUCCGCAGCCCUGACGCGCAGGGAAACGCCACCGUCUUCCUCGCCAAGUUCUACGGCCGCGCUGGCCUCAUCAACCUCAUCACCGCCGGCCCCGAGCACGUCCGACCCGCAAUAUUCCGGUCGCUGCUGUACGAGGCCUGCGGCCGCAUGCUCAACCCGGUGUACGGCUCGGUCGGCCUACUCUGGUCCGGGAACUGGCAGCUCUGCCAGUCCGCCGUCGACUCCGUCCUCCGCGGCUUGCCCAUCGCGCAGCCGCCGCCCGCCGCCACGGCUGUCCCGCCUCUCCGGACGUGCGACAUCCGCCACGUCGCCAGGAAAAGCGAUCACGGCGACGUGACUGCUGACCUCCACCGUGUGGCAAACAUCUCUCGGGGGCAGUUCAAGCGACCCGGCGGCACCCACAGGUCCGCAGGGUCCGACUCUGGCAUCGAGCUCGUCUUCGACCAGCGGUCGGCCGCCAUGCUGGUCGACGUCCGGCAGGCGCAGCCGCUGAACUGGGCGCCACGCGAGCCGAGUCACGAGUCUGCCAGCCAUGACGCCGUGCCGGAGACCAACAGCAACACCUCGGUGGAAACCGUGGAAGUCUCUCAUGUCAGCCAGUCCGAGCCGGAUCCACCAAGAGAAAUCGAUGGGAGUGACGCUGGUCUGGACCUCACACUAGGUCUACUACCUCAGGUGCACAAGACCGGUCGGUCCGACGUUGACGACGGCCAGCCUGAUCACAGAGGCAAGACGGUGAAGCUUGGCUUGGCGAUUUCAGCAGCUAGAUAAUGAAUAAUAUAAUGAAGUCGACGGACGGAUAUACUGAUCAUCGAACAGAUGGACUUUUGAUUGUCAGGAACUCUUCUUAACGAUGUUUCAAUUUGUAGGAGUCGCUUUUGAUGUUUUCCAGUUUUGGAAACAUCGUGUAACAUUAGUCCAUGCCCUUUAUUGACUUUCAGAUGUAUUAUACUCCAUUUCUUC